AUGUCUUCCGACUCCAUCUCUACAAAGCGGCUGAAGAGCGCUGAUGAGAGCGUCGGACACCCUGAGGAAGCCUUCACAUAUGAAGAACAACAGAAUCAGCAUGUUCCAGCCAAAUAUAUGGGCACGUCUCGAGAUCGAGAUGAUAUGUGCCAGCUGGGAAAGACACAGGUCUUGAGGAGAAAUUUCCGUUUCAUCUCUAUCCUAGGAUUCGCCUGUACGCUGAUCGCAACAUGGGAGGUGGUGUUGAGUCUUCUCGGAUUUGCUUUACUCGAUGGAGGCACGGCUGGUCUCAUCUGGGGAUUUCUAGCGGUCUCAUGCGGUUUCUCUCUGGUAUUCGCAAGUCUUGCUGAGAUUGCUUCAAUGUCCCCCACGGCUGGUGGACAGUAUCACUGGGUUUCCGAGUUCGCCCCACCAAGUUGCCAGAAAUAUCUUAGCUAUAUCACAGGCUGGCUAUGCUCGACAGGAUGGCAGUGCGCCAUUGUCACAAUUGCAUUCUUAGCCGGAACGAUUAUUCAGGGUCUUCUGAUAUUAAACCUCCCUGAUUACAUCCCCCAGCGCUGGCACGGCACGAUGUUGGUCAUUGCGAUCGCGGUAUUUUCUAUAAUAUUCAACACUUUUCUUGCGAAGAAACUCCCCUUGGUAGAGGCUUUACUUCUGCUACUUCACAUCAUCGGUAUAGUUGCCAUUAUUGUGCCACUUGUGGUGCUUGCCCCCCGCAGCAGCGCCGAGGUCGUUUUCACGCAGUUCAACAACGGCGGAGGGUGGACUACUACAGGGGUUGCGGUCAUGGUUGGAUUGCCUCCAGCCAUUGCGUCGAUGAUAGGCUACGACUGUGCAGUGCACAUGGCCGAGGAAAUCAAAGAUGCAUCGAAAACGCUACCUCAAGCCAUGAUGAGUGCUGUGGGAGUCAACUUUGUUCUAGGCCUGGCUGUUAUCCUCACCAUAUGCUUUACCGUUGGAGACGUCGAGGCAGUCCUUGCAACUCCGACCGGAAUUCCAUUCAUCCAGAUCUUCUUCAACGCUACCAAAAGCCAUGCAGCAACUAACGCCAUGACGGCGAUCAUCACCAUCACACUCGUUGCAAGUACUAUCACUGAAGUGGCGACUGCUUCCAGACAGACUUGGUCAUUUGCCAGGGAUAGGGGAGUACCAUUUUCUGAUUUUCUCUCCCACGUCAAUCCAUCAUGGAACAUUCCUCUACACGCGGUAAUAGUCUCGCUGGUUGUGACUAUCCUACUUGCACUCAUCAAUGUUGGCUCAACUACCGCCCUGAAUGCUAUUACUUCACUAACAGUCGCCUCCUUGAUGAGUGCGUAUCUUAUCUCCAUUGGCUGCAUCUUACUCAAACGCAUCCGUGGUGAACCACUCCCCUCCAGGCGCUGGUCUCUUGGCAAAUAUGGAGGGUUCAUCAAUGCUGCGGCGAUGUUGUUCCUCCUUCCAUUGUUUGUAUUCUCCUUCUUCCCAUUGACCAAGGAAGUAGAUGCCACGACGAUGAACUGGAGUUCGCUCAUUUAUGUGUCAGUCAUCGUGUUUGCAACCAUCUACUACUUCCUCUAUGGCAGGAAAACAUAUGUUCCUCCAAACUCCCUUGUGAGAAGGCCGUUCAAGCCAGAGGGCCCACAAUAA